AAACAGCACCGUCGCCGAUUGAUCAAUAACACGUUACGGUCGUUUCCGUUUACGUUAUGGCGGCUGCUGCUUUAAGCGAAGCUGGAAGUGACGCAGGAGUUGCCGACCUCAGUGAUGCUCGCAGUACUGACUCAGACAUGUCGGCUGCGUCGACGGUCAGUCGAACCUCCGGCGCAUCAGGCGCCAGCAAAGCCUCCGGGGCGAGUGCGGCAAGCAAAGAUCUGACUGGAAAGAAAAAGAAGAAACGAAAACGAUUCCAGAAGCCAGAUCCGGAUAUGUGGAGCUCUAUGGCUGUUGUUGACUGGGAUGACUGUGAAUCAGAGACAACAGAAUGUAGUGAAUAUUUGGAGACGGAUGUGGGUGAUUCACUGAUUAGAGCCGCUCAGGUUGGAGAUGUACAAGUAGUCGACACGAUUCUUAGGUCUGUCGAUGCCGAGAUUUUGAAUUAUAAAGAUCAAGAUGGAUACACACCAUUGCAUAGAGCUACUUACAAUGGUCAUAUUGAGGCGAUGAAGAGGUUAAUGGCUGCUGGAGCUGAUGUUACAGCAGAAACCAACGAUGGUUGGCAUCCAUUGCACUGUGCUUGUCGAUGGAAUCAGACCGAGGCUGCAUCUUUGCUUCUUCAGAAUGGUGGAGAUGUUAAUGCACAGACAAAAGGGGGGCAGACGCCGUUGCAUUUGGCUGCAUCUAUGAGAGAUGGCGGUCCAACGAUAGUGUUGUUGUUGAUGCAUAGGGAGAUUAAACCUCAUGUCGUCAAUUGUGCUGGUGAGACUCCAUUGGAUUUGGCAAAAAGAAACGGUGUUCAUGCUGGCUUAUUUGAAAUGGUCGAGGACAGUUACAAGGAUGUACGUACUACUCAUCAGCUUUGCAAGAUCAGGACAUCAUAUAGGAAUAUAUUAGAUGGGAGUUAUGCAGUGGUACAGCUAUUAGUUACCAUAAGUGACACUGGAAUAUUGGGAGCAGUUGUAUAGCUCGUGUAUGAGCAACCAAUGAAAACUCUUCGACAAACAUUAAACAUGGAGAUGUACAGUGUUUUCUGAGAAAUUAUAGCUCACAUUAUAUUAUGUAAUCUGCAAUUGGUACAAGAUCAAUUUAGGCUCUCAGGCUUGAAAUUUAGUUAAUAAUGUUUUAAGGUAAUAAAGUUAAUUGA